AGAGAGCAGUACAAUCAGUUGCCAUAGCCUCAGGUGCUGUAGGUCCUGCCGUCCUAAGCUCCGCAACACUUGCAGUGAGUCGCUGGGUAGGUAUCUGCUGCCUGCAUCAUCGAUCGCUGCAAACGCGGAAGCUUUGACGGGACGGCUGGCUGACUGACUGACUGAGAAAAUCUCUCCAACUGCUGCUGCUCUCGCUAAGUUCGCGUCAAACGACAACCGCUUCCCCUGCAGUUCAUACUUGCUACUUAGCCAAUUUCUCCGUUCCUCUCCACGCCAAACGCCGACUAGUUCCUAUAUUCUUUCGUCGUGUAGAUCGAUCACCAUGGCGACUGUCGCGGUGACACGUGGCGGGCCUCAAGCCGCAGUAGCUCUAGCGGCCUGCGCGGCGGCCGGCACGGCCUGCCUCGUCUGGGCCCUCCGUGGGCGCUACCUGCAGGUGUUCCUAGGCUCGGAUCCCGCGAAAGGCGGCGGAAUCGACGGUAAUGGAGAGAAAGAACGGCAGGGAGUCACGCUGACGUCACUGAGCCACUUGAUGGCUCUGACGGGUGACAGCUGGCACUCCUCGCUGCAGCGGCUCGUGAUUGGUCAGAUGGUCAUCGGACUGAAGCUCACCAACGACCCCCGACUCGCAGCCAUUCCCUCGCCCCUGCCCGCCUCGCUCGCCGCGCUGGCAUCGCUGCGUGACGUGGACCUGUCGGCCAAUGGGCUUGCGGCGUUCCCUGACGCUCUGCUGUCCGUUCCUGGGCUCAAGAAAUUGAGCUUGUCGAGAAACAAGCUCACAAGCCUUCCCCAAGCCAUAGCCCAGCUUUCCCACCUGGAGCACCUGGACCUGGGCCGAAACCACCUGACAGCUGUGCCUGAGGAGAUCGGGCACCUGACGAAACUCCUGACGCUCAACCUGAUGUGCAACCAGCUGGAGGGUCUACCUGAGAGCAUUGGGCGGCUCACGAGGGUGUUUCGCCUGGGACUAAAGAGCAACAGGCUCAGCGCGCUGCCCUCGUCCAUAGGCGGCAUGACGUCACUAGUGGAGCUCUACCUCACGGACAACCGCCUCUCCUCGCUGCCAGAUUCGCUAGGCUGCUGCACCAGGCUCGUCAAGCUGCAGGCGUCAUUCAACCAGCUCCAUUCCCUGCCUGCGUCUAUUGGCUCUCUCUCCCACCUCGAGCUGCUUCGACUGGCAGCCAACAACCUCCACUCGCUCCCCGCCUCCCUCGCCCUCCUCCCGCACCUUGCCUGGGUGUCUCUCGCCAGCAACCCCUUCUGUCCUCCUCUGCCGCCGCACCAUGAGGGCGUGGAGGACAUACCCUUCAGUGAGCUGAAGCUGGGGAAGAAGCUGGGCGACGGUGCCAGUGGCGACGUGUAUGCGGCAUUGUGGCAUGGGCACGAGGUGGUGUUUAAGCAGUUCAACAGCGAGACAAGCCCGGACGGGCGGGCCGUGGAUGAGAUCGCGAUGACGGCUGCUGUGGACCACGAGCACCUGGUGCAGGUGGAAGCAACUGUGGAGCAGCCCCACGGGCUGGUGAUGAGGCGAGUGUUUGGGAGCGCGAUGGCAGAUCCGCCCAAUGCCGACUCGCUGCUGCGUUGCCGCUGGACCCCCACCGCCUCCUACUCGCUCGCCUCUGUGCUGGCUGUUGGUAGCGGCCUGGCAUCGGCGCUGGAGUGGAUGCACGCCAGGGGGUGGGCGCAUGGGGACGUGUACGCCCACAACGUGCUGGUCAACGACGAGGGGUUCGCUGUGCUCUGUGACUACGGUGCAUCAUUCCCCUACCCUCGCCACAGUGGCAUCCCCUUUGAGUCACACGAGGUGAGGGCCCUGGCGCUGCUGCUACAGGGCCUUUUCACCCGCCUGGCAGCCCCGGAGACCACAGCAGAGCUCACGAGCCGGGAGCAGCUGGGGCGGUUGAUUGAGGUGUGCGUGGGUGGGACGGCGGGAGAGCGGCCGAGGUUUAAGGAUGUUAGGGAGCAGCUGGCCUCCAUUCACAGGGGCCACUUAUGAGGACCAGAUGAGGACUGGAUAAGGGCCCCUGCCAGCGGCUGUUAAGGCGGGUCCAAAUCAUUCAUACCGUACUCUAUUCAUUUCGUGAAAAGUAACCCGAGUUUAACCUCGUUUGGAUUUCGCGGGGACACGUGCACGAAAUUGACGUAACACGGGACGCUGGACGCAUGUGAAUGCACAUGAUUUGUUUACGAUUCGGUGACCUUAGGUUAACGUUAUGGUGACAUUAGGUUUACGUUUUGGUAUCGAUGGACACGUGUGGCGCUUUGGGGUUUCGCCAAGCCAGGCUUGGCGAGAACAAGGCGACCUCGCGAACAUCUCGUGUGGCGCAACGCCAAAUCACACCUGCCACUUAACCUAGCACGUAACAACCAGGGCUGACGUUUCAAAAAAAGGCACUCUGAGCCAACCCCCCCAAAAAAAAAAAUAGUCUGAAGGGCCUUCAGCCGAAAUUUUUGUAGUCUGAAAUGUCAGGGUCCAAAACUCAGCGAGUCUGAUUUUUUCAGGGUCCAGGACGUACAACCAGAGUCACACACGGGAAACACCCCCACAGCGAGAAACAUCCCUCCCUCCUACACCUCCCAAAAAAUCGGCUAAAUCCCUUGCAGCAUUAAAAAUCCUCCUACAGCCCGCGCCCCCCCCAACCAGCGACCUUCUGCGACAUUUGGUAACUGCGAUUUGGGGUGUCUGACGCAAACCGUUUUUUGGGAUGCACCCAGUUGGUGCCAGCUUCUGUUUCUUUCGUAAUCUGAGACGCGGUUUGGGAGGAAACGAUUUUGGGAUCGUUUUCAAUUGUCGUACCCGAGUGUCAAACAUGUGUAUCUCCUAUGUUUGCAUAGACUGUAUAGGGCCACCUCUUAGAGGGCACAACACUUAGGUAUAUUCACCUGUACUCUCUCUCUACUCAAUCAUUCAGUUCUCACUUUAA